ACGUGGCGGAACGGGCGGGCCGCGGUGCUGUGGCAACGGCGCGGCCGCCAUGGCCAAGCAGUACGACAUGGUCGAGUGCCCCUUCUGCGACGAGGUCUCCAAGUACGAGAAGCUCGCCAAGAUCGGACAGGGCACCUUUGGGGAAGUUUUCAAAGCUAAACAUCGUCAGACAGGCAAGAAAGUAGCACUGAAAAAGGUGUUGAUGGAAAAUGAGAAGGAGGGGUUUCCCAUCACAGCCUUGCGAGAGAUUAAAAUCCUGCAGCUGCUCAAACACGAGAACGUGGUGAACCUCAUAGAAAUCUGCAGGACCAAAGCCUCUCCAUACAACCGCUGCAAGGGCAGCAUCUACCUUGUGUUUGACUUCUGUGAGCAUGACCUGGCCGGCCUCCUCAGCAACGCCCAUGUCAAGUUCACGCUCUCAGAGAUCAAGAAAGUUAUGCAGAUGCUGCUGAAUGGACUUUACUAUAUCCACAGGAACAAGAUCUUGCACCGAGACAUGAAAGCCGCGAACGUCCUCAUCACGCGGGACGGAGUCCUGAAGCUGGCGGACUUUGGGCUGGCUCGAGCCUUCAGCCUGGCCAAGAACAGCCAGCCCAACCGCUACACCAACCGGGUGGUGACCCUGUGGUACCGGCCUCCCGAGCUGCUCCUAGGGGAGCGGGACUACGGUCCCCCCAUUGACCUCUGGGGCGCAGGCUGCAUCAUGGCAGAGAUGUGGACCCGCAGCCCCAUCAUGCAGGGCAACACGGAGCAGCACCAGCUCACCCUCAUCAGCCAGCUCUGCGGAUCCAUCACGCCAGAGGUGUGGCCCAACGUGGAUAAGUACGAGCUGUACGAGAAGCUGGACCUGCCCAAGGGGCAGAAGCGGAAGGUGAAGGACCGGCUCAAGGCCUACGUCAAGGACCCCUAUGCCCUCGACCUCAUCGACAAGCUGCUGGUGCUGGACCCCGCCCAGCGCAUUGACAGCGACGACGCGCUGAACCACGACUUCUUCUGGUCGGACCCCAUGCCCUCGGACCUCAAAAACAUGCUGUCCACCCACAACCAGUCCAUGUUCGAGUACCUGGCCCCGCCGCGCAGGAGGGGUGGGCACAUGCCCCAGCAGCCGGCGAACCAAGGCAGGAACCCGACGGCCACCAACCAGACUGAGUUUGACAGGGUGUUUUGACACCCAGCAAGGUCCUGGCUGGGCUUCUCUGGGAUGUCCCAGCGAGGUCUUCUUGUCUAGGAAAGGACUUUUUUCAAGGUGAAGUGACUGAUGGCUUUGGCAGAGCACAGCCGUCUCCUCUCAGCCACCGUGGAGCUGCGUGACUGGGGAGGUGGCACCUGUGAGCUCCACGGUGUUUCCCUGCAGUUUUGCCUCAGAACCUGUGUUCCCCACCCUCUGCAACUGUCUGUAUUGGUUACAUUAAACUUGCAGAUCAAUUGUCAUGGAUCUGGUGAUGGAAAAAGAGUCUCUGUCCAUGCUGGGGCUCUUGGCAAAUGGUGCUGGACCAGCAGGACUGGGAUUAGCUGCCCUAGACUAAGCUGGGCCCUGCUUGGAGAUGUCUCAGCUUUCUUGAUUGGUUGUAGCUCCUGCGUGGAGUAUCUUUUGAGCACUGAAGCGUUGAUGUAGGAUGAGGCAGGUGCUUCUGAGUCAUCAGAGGUGUCCUGGGGAAGGCAGUUGCUCUAGACAGCAUGACUUGCUCUCACUGCAGGCUGGGAUCUAGCCUGGAAAGGGGCUUCCUUGGAAAACCAGGGGGGUGGCUGGCAGAGCUGAGUGCUCCAUAUAGCCUGGAUUUGCAGUGGGAAUCAUUGAUCUCUGUAACAGCAUGUGGCAUCCGUGCUUUCUUCAUUGCAAAACACAAUCAGGAGUCCUGGGGGACACACCCACCCUGAUUCCCUGCAGCCCUAGCUGGGCAGGAGUUGGGAUGGGGGAGGGAGUUGUGAGUGCUGGCCUGGCCUGAGGCGAGACCUGCCAUCCCACUGGAAUUGCCCGUGCACACACUGAUCAGCCGUGCACACCUUAUCCCAGAGCUUGGUUGCUUCCAACUCAUCCAGAGCCAGUGCUCCUCCACAGCUGCUCCCUGCAGUGUCUCCCAUGGCUGUGAGCUGUAGCUGGCCACCUUCUUGCUGAGGCCCAGGGAUCCCUAGAGUCAAUGUGUGUGAUGUGCCACGAGUGACAACAUUUGGCACUUGUUAACUUGUCUGUUAAUGACCAUUGGCAAAAGCCACGUGGGUAGCAUAAGGUCUCAGGAUAAAAAGUGUGGAUAAUAGAAGACUUGUACAAGGUAA